GGGGUUCAGAUAAACCGCACGCCUCGCAUUUUUAAUCCGGUUCCGUGCGCCGGCGCAUCACUCGCAAGCUCGCAGCCACGGCCCACGCUUGCGCACUAGUGAAAUUCGAUCGAUAAUUCUUAAAAUAUUCGCAAUGUAUAAGUCUAUAAUUAUCGUGUGUGUUUUAUGCGUUGUUUUGAUAGAGGGUCGUCCGAAAUGGCAGCAUCUACAAAAAAUUGAUGGCUACAUUCCUGUUUACAUUCGUAUUGGAGAUACUCCUUUGGAGGAGAUCAACCCAGAUUUAGCUGAAGCUUUCCACGCGCUACCCUCAGGACGCAACGCAGGAAAAGUUCUAGACGCUGUUCCGGAUAUUCCAGAACAAGAUCAAUCGCAGCCAGAAAACAUUCCAGAAGUUUCGAGCUUUAGCAUCGACCGACGCCCUUAUGAGAAAAAACUUCUCGAAAAGAAGAAGAAAGUCAACUUUGAAAUCAGCGACCCUGUCGAACGUAGAUAGUUGUCCGUACUUAAUUUUUAGUUUUAUAGAUCGAGUAAGAUUAUUUUCGGCCUUCCAUGUCGAUUUCAGAGUUCGCUGAACUCAUUAAACUUGCCUAUUAGCAUAUACUGUUACUUGUUAUAUUUAUAAAAGUACUAACUACAAUAUAGUAAAAUAAUUUUUGACCACUUCUACCCUGUAUGCUCAUGACUAUAAAUAAAGUAUAAUUAUUUUAAUUCUUUCAUUAAACUUUCCUAUUAACGUAUUCUAUUACUUAUUCUAUUUAUAAAAUUAGUAACUAAAAUAUAGCAAAAUAGUUUUCGACCACUUGUACCCUUUAUGCUCAUGACUAUAAAUAAAGUAUAUUUAUUUUUGAA